AUGGAGUUUCUGUCAAUGUCACGCGAUGAGGUUCGACUACACGUCUCCUCAAGCGGUUCUCUCCCAGUCGAUAAAGUGACGGUUGGUGCCGCUAUCUUGCGGCAUGGCACUUCAGGUCCUAGCAUCCUUCUGCUCAAACGAAACCCCGAUGAAAAGUACUACCCAAACGUCUUUGAGAUACCAGGAGGCAAGGUGGAUGCGACCGAUCCUACAGUUCGCGAUGCUAUUAUACGAGAAGUUGCCGAAGAGACGCAAUUGACGGUGUUGGACGUCGCAGCGUCGUUAUCCCGCAUAAUGUACACCACCGAGAAGAUAGUGAAGUCGCCGAUCGGGGAGGAUGAAAUCAUCAAGCGUCGCGCUCUGCAGCUGAACUACGUUGUCACAGUGGAAGGGACAGACUUUCAGGUUAACGAAGAGGAACACUCCAUGGGAGUUUGGGCUAGCCGCGAUAUUCUGGAUCAAAUACCCAUUACUUCGGAGAUGGGAGCAUUGGUAUCAGAGGUUCUGGGCUUGGAAGAAGGUCAGUCUGCCGUGGCCGGCCAUGCCUCAGGUGUGGUUGGAUGCACUCAAUGA